CAGGGGCGUGCCCAGUCACGUGACCAGGAAGUGCCGUUAGCGGCGUCCCCGAGUCCUCGCAGCUCCCGGAUGACGUAAGCCUGGUCUGGGCGGGGCGGCAGGCAAUGACGGUUCUGUGGGGGAAUAUGGUGCACGGUUUUUAAAGGGAUACUGUACCUAUCACUCCAGGUAGUUUAAACUCUGGCUAAAUGACUUUUGUACCAGUGAUACCAGAUUCUUAUAGCCAUGUUCUUGCAGAAUUUGAGUCACUGGAUCCAUUGCUUUCAGCCCUGCGGUUAGACUCCAGCCGUCUAAAGUGUACAAGCAUAGCUGUGUCUCGGAAGUGGUUGGCCUUGGGCACUUCAGGAGGAGGACUCAAUCUCAUUCAGAAGGAAGGCUGGAAACACAGGCUUUUUCUGUCACACAAGGAAGGUGCAAUCUCCCAGGUGGCUUGUUGUCCACACGAUGAUGACUACAUUGCUGUUGCUACCAGUCAAGGUCUUGUAGUUAUUUGGGAAUUAAAUCAAGAGCGUCGCGGGAAACCAGAACGAAUUUAUGUGUCUUCAGAACACAAAGGUCGGAAAGUGACAGCCCUCUGUUGGGAUACAGCUAUUCUUAGAGUUUUUGUAGGUGACCAUAUGGGAAAAGUUUCCGCCAUCAAGCUCAACACUUCCAAACAAGUAAAGGCAGCUGCUGCAUUUGUGAUGUUUCCUGUUCAGACGAUAACAACUGUUGAUUCCAGUGUUGUCCAAUUAGAUUAUUUGGAUGGAAGAUUGCUUAUAUCUUCACUUACUCGGUCCUUCUUGUGUGACACUGAGAGAGAAAAGUUUUGGAAAAUUGGAAACAAGGAACGAGACGGAGAAUAUGGAGCUUGUUUCCUCCCUGGAAAAUGUUCUGCAGGCCAACAACCCCUAAUAUAUUGUGCUCGUCCCGGCUCCAGGAUGUGGGAAGUGAACUUUGAUGGGGAAGUUAUAAGUACACAUCAGUUUAAGAAACUCCUCUCAUUGCCACCUCUUCCUGUGAUUACUCUAAGGUCAGAACCUCAGUAUGAUCACGCAGUUGGAUCUUCCCAGUCUUUGUCUUUCCCCAAACUCUUGCAUCUUAGUGAGCAUUGUGUGCUGACUUGGACAGAAAGAGGAAUUUACAUUUUUAUUCCUCAGAAUGUUCAAGUUCUUCUUUGGAGUGAAGUCAGAGACAUUCAGGAUGUGGCUGUCUUCAAGAAUGAGAUGAUCUGCUUGCAUCUAAAUGGGAGCGUGUCACAUCUUUCCUUGUCCUCUGUGGAACGCUGUGUGGAGCGCUUGCUGAGGAGAGGCCUGUGGAAGCUGGCUGCUCACACCUGUUGUCUUUUCCAAAAUUCUCUCAUUGCCAGCAGAGCAAGAAAAUCUUUGACUGUAGAUAAACUGGAACAUUUGAAAUCUCAGCUGGACAUCACAACCUGUAGUGAUCUUGUUUCUCAACUAGAAGAUUUGGUCUUAAAAUUUGAACCUUUACAUUCAGCUUGCAGCAGUAGAAGAAGCUCCAUCUCCUCGCAUGAAAGUUUCAGCAUCUUAGACUCUGGUAUCUAUCGUGUCAUUAGUAGUAGACGAGGGAGUCAGUCCGACGAAGAUUCUUGUUCCCUUCACAGCCAGACCCUGUCCGAAGAUGAGAGGCUGAAGGAAUUUUCCUCACAGCAAGAUGAGGACCAGCUAGAUCAGUGUUGCAGCUCCUAUGGGAAUGAAGACAAUGUUUCUCAUGUUCCAGUGACGUUUGAGACAGAUAAGAAUGAAACUUUUCUCCCCUUCGGCAUUCCAUUAUCAUUCCGUUCUCCAUCUCCUCUUGUGUCUCUCCAGGCUGUCAAGGAAAGUGUUUCUAGCUUUGUGCGUAAAACUACUGAGAAGAUUGGCACCCUUCAUACAAGCCCUGAUCUGAAAGUGAGACCUGAACCCCGGGGUGAGGAGCCACCAUGCGAAGAAGAUGAGAUUUCAGUUUCUUGCCCAAGAGAGGAAACUACUGAGGAAAAGAAGGAAGAAACUAGUCAGCCUCCAGGAGAAGACAAGUUCCAGGAGCUCAGAAUAGCAACAGAAGAAGCAAUGACCAAACUUCAGGACCCACUGGUUUUAUUUGAACCCAAGUUUUUGAGAAUGGUUUUGCAUGAAUGGCUCUCACAAUUAGAGAAAGCAUUUGCCGACAAGGACUUCUCAGACGUUGCAGAUACUGGCGACUUAGCCAAGAAGUCAAGCCAGGGGGCGCUAUUGCUUGAUGAGUCAAAAAAGGGAGAAAUAGAUGAAGAGAAUGAAGAAGAAAAGCAGGACUGUUUCGACGACAGAGACACUGUUGAUCAAACAACAUGUGAAUUCAUAAAUUAUCCGAGUGAGCCCUUGGAAAACCUUUUUCAAAUACAUCCUCCAUGUAUCAUUGCAAACAGUCUUCAGAAAGACCUAACUGAAUUAACGACACUGUGUUUGGAACUGAAUGUCGUGGAUUCUGAGAUGAGAAACACAAGUGGGGAUGUGAGCCCCACUUCACACCAGAGUUCGCCUGAAAUUUUGGCGUGUCAGUUCCUAAAGAAGUACUUUUUCCUCCUGAACUUAAAAAGAGCCAAAGAGAGCAUCAAGCUUACCUACCCCAACAGUCCUUGUGUUUGGGACACUUUUGUUGAAGGAUUAAAAGAAAUGGCGAGUUUGAAUCCUGUAUAUAUGGAGAUGGAAGGAGACCUGCCAACAAGGUUCAAGCUGUUCGUUGACUCGGUUCCUUCUGAUAGUCCUCUGUUGGUUGCUUAUGCUGCGCGGCUGCACGAGGAACCUGGGGGGCCGGCGCUCCGCUCUUUAAUCGGGCUCUACCCGUCCAUUCUGCCCUCCGAUGUCCUGCAGCUUUGUCGCCAGCAGCCCGCUCACUUCUUGGCCUAUCUAGACGGCCUGGUGAAAUCAAGACCUGAAGAUCAGCGGCCCUCCUUCCUUGAGUCUCUUCUGCAGCCUGAGUCUUUAAGAUUGGAUUGGUUGCUUCUGGCGGUGUCCCAUGAUGCACCUGCAAGCACGAGCACUAUGGACAGUGAAGGAAAUCCCAGACCUCAUUCACACCUAUUUUCCUGGAAUUAUAGCCAGCUGAUCCUUCAUCUAAUUAAACUUCCUGCAGAUUUUACAACCAAAGAGAAAAUGACUGACAUCUGUAGGUCUCAUGGUUUCUGGCCUGGAUAUCUUACUCUCUGUUUGGAGCUGGAAAGAAGGAGAGAGGCCUUCACCAACAUUGUGUAUCUGAAUGAUAUGAGCCUGAUGGAAGGGGACAAUGGUUGGAUCCCAGAGACUGUGGAGGAAUGGAAGCUGCUUCUGCAUCUCAUACAAAAUAAGAGCACAAAGCCAGCGCCCUUGAAACCACCAGAUGGAAACUUCAAUGAUGGACCUACCCCUGUCAGUGUGGAGAAUGUGGCACUCCUGUUAGCUAAGGCCAUGGGCCCAGAUCGUGCCUGGUCACUGCUGCAGGAAUGCGGCUUGACCUAUGAGCUGUCAGAGAGGUUUACCAGAACCUGUGAUAUCCUGAGGAUUGCUGAGAAAAGGCAGAGAGCCUUGAUACAAAGCAUGCUUGAAAAAUGUGAUCGGUUUCUCUGGUCUCAGCAAACCUAGGGGAAGAAGACUCAGCAGGAUGUCAUGACAGUUUGGAAACACUCGUAAGGCUCCUGAGCCUCCCGGAUGUGGUUGGUGUUGAAGGGGAGCCACCACCUCAAAACUCCAAGACCUAACUGGAAGUGCUUUUGCAUUUGUGGCUCUGUGACUUCACUGUUCUGCAAUCAAAGCUGGAUUUUUAAAAGAGACAUUCCUUACUUGCUGCAGUGAAGUGUUACUGAAUCAGAUUGUGAAUGCUCACAGCUGUGGGGGCUGUUAUUCUGAAUUACACUAUUAUUUGUGGGGCUGUUAUUCUGAAUUACACUAUUAUUUGCAGUGUUAUUUUCUUACUGGCAAUUGGGCAGAUUAUUUUCUCAUUGUAGGUCAGGUACUAAGGAGCAACUAGCUCCUCAUGAUGGCUGGAUGGGGACACAUAAUGAAACGGGUUGUCAAGAAAUUCAUGGCGCGCCCAAAUUAAGUUCAUAGUUUGGAGUACAAGGACCUACACAAGGAUCCUGGUUCGUGCCUGACUCCCUGCCAACAGGAAGGAAGCUUCACAAGCGGUGACGCAGGUCUGCAGGUGUCUCUCUGUCUCUCUCCCUCUCUAUCUCCUCCAUCUCUCUCAAUUCCUCCCAAGCCCCAGUGAUAAUCCUGGAGGCAAAAAAAAAAAAAAAACCAUGACUUUUCCAAUAACACAGUAAUUGACAGGAAUUGACUUUGAUUCUGUAUUAUCUGGGAGAGCUGAGAAAUUACUGAAAUAAAAUCUAGUAUUUUGGUGACCAGGAAAGUAUCUCAGAAGAUAAAGCAAACAUUUCAUAUGAGCAGGGCCUCUUGGUGGAUCCCCAGCCUUGCAUAUGACCAAGGAGUGUUGCAGAUGCACUCUCUCUCUCUCUCACACAGAUUAAAUGUAUACUUCCUUGAAAAAAGAUGUGAUAUAUUAGAAUCAAUACAAAGUGUUAUUAAGUGAAAUAAAAGUAAGUGAAGCACUGAAGAUUCAAAUUAGAUAUUUAAAUGGAAUGACCCUAUAUUUAAAUUGAGCUAAUAAAAAAUGUUUCCAGUA